ACAGAGCUAACAGUCCAACCGAGUAGGACCUCAGAUACAGACACUCGAUGUCAGUCCGCGAAUCGUCGGGUCAAAAUCUGAACCCCACUCGGAGCACGCCCGAUCGGCGCCCAAACUAUCCUGACUAUCUCGCUGGAACCCUAAACUCCGAUAUACCCCCUGAUCCUCUCCUCCGACCGGGCUCCUUCAUCGACGCCACCACCAGAACCUCCAAUGGUCAAAACGUAAAAGAAGCGCAAAAGCCCCGAAGAGCGCCUGAGCAAUCGAAAUGUGCGGAGCCAGCUACGUCCGGGUCGGGUAUGGAGAAUCCAGAUGGUGGGGCCGGGCGAGUCAAGCGAAAAGGGUUUGUGGAGCCUCUGGAGAACUGGUUGCCGCAAGGUUGGUCCGUGGAAGAAAGAGUUCGGGCCUCUGGUGCAACAGCUGGGAGUACAGAUAGGUAUUACGUUGAUCCAGUCUCAGGCCGCCGGUUUCGGUCAAAGGUAGAAGUUCUUUACUUUCUGGAAACUGGAACAAUUAAAAAGAAGAAAACAACAGAGAAUGCCAGUGGUGACAAAACAUCUGUAGAUGGUUCUGGAAGCCAUAAACAAAAGAAGUCUAGCACAAAGCCGAAGAGUUCUGCUUUGAACUUUGAUUUUGUCAAUGUGCCUGAGAACGUUGUAUGGGUUCUUACAGACGCUUCUGCAGGGUCCUGGACACCCUUUAUUGGUAACAAAGAGGUGCCUGAAUCUACUACACAAGAAUGGGCUGCUGCAUUCACAUCUAUCACAUCCCGAAAAUAGUGAUCAUUCACAUUGAAAAUAUUUUGAACCCUCUUUCCAUAUCACGAGGAUGCACCACGAAAAAUGGUUAUUCUUUUUGCCAACAGACUACACUGACCAAAAUUACAUCAUCUUUCUCCAUAUUUCCUCCCUACUGAACUUUUUGGAAUCUUUUGGAUCAUACGGACUCAUAUCAUAUGACAGCGGAUCUAGUCUACAUUGCUUUUUGGUAUGUAGUCAUUUUGGGUACAGAGUCAUUCAAAACUGUCUUAUAUUUGCUCUUGAUCAAGUUUUUCUUUCUUUCUAAGUAAUGUUAUUGGCACUCCAAAAUAGUCAUUAAGCUAGUUGCGCUCGUUUGCAAGUUUAUGGAGGUGUAAGCAUAUUUUGGAGUACAUAUAACAUCUCUACGUUAAUUCUCUCUUUACAUGUAACUCAUGUCUCUGUAUACCUGUUCCCUUCAGAAUUUUGUGUUUGA